AGACAAGCAGCAGGUUAGCUACAGAGCUACCACUGGAUUUGACAGCUAAAGGAAGCCGAACCGGUGGGCGCCAUUAGGGGAGCAGCGUCACUUUCACCUUUUUUUUUGAUAGAUAUAUUUGCACGCCCUCGCCCCAGUGAACAGUCCCGCGGCGCCUCAGGAUGGCUUUCUUGAUCAAGAGCAUGAUUGGGAACCCCCUGUCGGGGAUCGGCCUCGGCGGCGGAGGAGACAAGGAAGAGGAGGCCACCCCCACAGAUCCAGCCAAAGCAGCGGGGAUGACACGCGAGGAGUAUGAAGAGUACCAGAAACAGGUGGUGGAGGAGAAGAUGGAGCGAGAUGCAGAUUUCUUACACAAGAAGGCGGAAAGGGCCACACUGAGGGUGUGUCUCAGAGAAAAAUACAGGCUGCCAAAGAGCGAGCAGGACGAAAACAUGAUCGAGAUAGCCGGGGACGACGUGGACGUGCCCGAGGAGCUGCUGAAGAUGGUGGACGAGGACGCCACAGAGGAGGAGGGCAAGGACUCCAUCAUGGGCCAGUUUCAAAACUUGCAGAACAUGGACAUGGACCAGCUGAAGGAGAAGGCCUCGGCAACCGUCACCGAGCUCAAGACCAAAGCGGAGGAGAAGUGCUGCGUCAUGUGAACAGUCCGAGAGGGGGUCUCCUGGGUUUGAAGGCUGGAGAAGAGGAAGAGGAAGAGGAAGCACGUGGCGCAAUUCAAUUCAAACACUUCCUGGGAACCUGCAGACUGAGCUGUGUUAAUAAAUCUGGGAUUCAGUCACAAUCACAGACAAAGUAUUCACUAGGAAGGCAUAAGAAGGUGUGUUUAUGUCACUACGCCCUCCACCUACUGCGUCUACUGAAGGAUGCAUUGUAAAGGUUUCCCCCCGCUAGAGUUCCUAAAUGGAUAGUGAUCUAAAACGUAAUCUUUGCAGUAACCUGAAGAUUAUUCGAUUACAACCAUGAAGCUGUGACCGUUUUUCGUAGUAUAAGCGUGGUUCGCUCUUUCUCUGUUUGUUGUCGAAUGCAACAAGUCUAUAACAACUUGAUUUUCAGUCAAACAAGUCACAAUGUAAGAAACCCCUCCAACCCCAACAAAAAAAAGACGUAUGUAAGUUAAAUCCUGUGUGAGUGUUUAAACUUUCCUUUUGUUUUAUUGGUGAUGUGGUCGGUAUGUGAUCUUUGAAUUAGCUAUGACAUUUACUUUCUUUUUCUUUUGGUGUUAUUAAAAGCGGAUGCGAUGAUUUGCUUUGAAUUUCCUCUUACUCACAUUUCGGGUGUAAUGAAAGGUGUUGAGCCUGAAACAUU